CAUGGGAACCCAUUGUCCUCAUCAUUAUAAUAUCACAAACUUGUGGUUGUGGGGAGGGAGAGAGAGAGAGAGUUCAACAUAAAUCAAUAAUCCCCAUGGCCUUAACAGCUAUGGCAAGUACCGUCAUUUCCUAUAAAGUACAAGCAAUAGAUAACAGAGAAGGAAGAAUAAGAACAAGAGGUACAGAGAGAGGAAGGAGAGGGCUUCUCCUUUCAACUGCAAUUGCAGUCAUCCAAGUCAAUGACUCCAGGACUGAGCUUCUAAAAAAAUAUCUGAAGAAAUCAGAGGAAAGCAAGACCAAGAAUGAUAAGGAGAGACUAGAGAGUUACUACAAGCGCAACUACAGGGAUUACUUCGGUUUGUUAGAAGGAUCUUUGAGGCAGAAAAAAGAGCAGCUCUCUGAAUCAGAGAAAGGCAUUCUUGAAUGGCUUGACAAAAACAAUUAAUUAAUUUGUAUUACCUGCUCAAACUUACCGUUUGUAAAUUCAAUUGCAGUUUCGAAAUGAAAUUCUCUUGCAUACAAACAGUUUAUGUAAAGGAUGAAAAAUUUAUAUUUGUUUGUGAUAUUC